AUGGGAAAUACUUGCACAACUUGCAAUUGCAACAAAGACGGCUAAGAAGCUUCUGAACUUUUGACUGUAGAUAAUAAAUCUGUAUUUAAUCCCCCUAUUUUAAAGUUGUAAGCCUGGAUUAGAGGUACAAUAGCAAGACGUAGAGUAGCUGCGCAUCUUUAAUAACUUAAUGGGCAUUAAGCUUACAUGUCUGGUAGUAAAAGAGAUAGAUAUGAAGGCACUUAAAAUGGCUCAUCAUACUAGAAUGAUGGAUAAAUUGAAGAGAGAGGAGAAGUAGUGUUUAAAAAUGGAGCUGUUUAUAAAGGAUAAUGGAUUGGGGACAUGAAGCAUGGAUACGGAGUUCAAGUUUGGCCUGAUGGUGCCAGAUAUGAAGGUUAUUGGAAAAACAAUAAGGCUUGUGGUAAGGGUAAAUUCUGGCACGUAGAUGGUGAUGUCUUUGAGGGCUAGUGGUAAGAUGACAAAGCUAAUGGCUAUGGUGUAUAUGUGCAUAUGAAUGGAGCCAGAUAUGAAGGAUACUGGAAAGAUGAUCUAUAACAUGGAUAUGGUAAGGAAAUCUGGACAGACAACUCUAAGUACGAAGGAGAGUAUCACGAUGGUAAGAAACACGGGAAGGGACUCUAUGUGUGGGCAGAUGGGUCAAUGUAUGAUGGUGAUUGGUAUGAGAACAGAAUCGAAGGUCAUGGUACCUACACCUGGAUUGAUGGGAGACAGUAUACAGGUUCUUGGAAGAAUAAUAACAUGCAUGGCCAUGGUAUAUACACCUGGAAAGACGGCAGAAGAUAUGAAGGCUACUAUGAAAUGGAUAAAAAGCAUGGCUACGGAGUCUAUCAAUGGGCAGAUGGAAGGAGAUAUGAAGGCAAUUGGUAUAAUGGCAAAUAGCACGGCCAAGGAAAAUACAUUCUACCGGAUGGGACUGUCAAGAUUGGUCUGUGGGAUAGUGGUAAAAGAGUUUAAUGGCUUAAUGAAUGA